GCUAAAAAUAUAUCAAUAUUCCAAAUGCAUUUGAUGCACUGUAUUAAAUUGUUAGUAGCAUCUCACACGUCAUACUUAUAUCAAAACUCACACAAGUAUGGUGGAACACUGCUAAUUUUUCCAAGAAACACCCAUCAAAUAUUGCCACUCUAAUGCAGUACUUCCUCUUUUGUUUUUCCUUAGGAAACCAUGUCCCUACCAUCAUGGAUUCUGACCUGCUUUUGCCUGCUCACCUCGGGAGCAGGCUCAGUCGUCCUCAAAGCAAACUAUUCCAGAAGCUAUCCCUGUGAUGAAAAAAGGCAAAAUGCCCUUGUGAUUGCAAGAUGCAAUCAUCGUCGACUACAAGAAGUUCCCCAAACUAUAAGCAAAUAUGUAACGGAAGUAGACUUGUCUGACAAUUAUAUUACACACAUAACAAAUGAGUCCUUUCAAGAGCUACAAAACAUCAGUAAAAUAAAUCUGAACCACAAUGCCAAUCAACAGUACCCAAAAGAAAAUAAAAAUGGUAUGAAUAUUACAGACAGAGCAUUUUUUAACCUAGAAAAUCUAACGGUGUUACUGCUUGAGGACAACCAGUUAGGCACUAUGCCUACAGGCUUGCCUGCAUCUUUGAAAGAACUUAGCCUAAUUCUAAACAAGAUAAGGCUGGUAACUAGAAACAACACUUGGGGUCUUAGGAACUUGGAAAGACUCUAUUUGGCCUGGAACUGCUUUUUUCAUUGUAAUCACAACUUUACUGUGGAAAAUGGGGCAUUUACAAAUCUUACACAUUUGAAAGUACUCUCAUUGUCUUUCAACAGCCUUGUCCAUGUGCCUCCCAAACUACCAAGCUCCCUGAGAAAACUUUUUCUGAGUAAUGCCAAGAUCAAGACUAUCACUCAAGAUGACUUCAAGGGACUGGAACACUUAACAUUACUAGAUUUGAGUGGAAACUGUCCAAGGUGUUUCAAUGCCCCAUUUCCUUGCACACCUUGUGAGAAAAACUCGUCCAUAGUCAUACAUCCUCUUGCUUUUCAAAGUCUCAGCCAACUUCGCUAUCUAAACCUCUCCAGCACUUCCCUCAAGUGGAUUCCUUCCACCUGGUUCAACAAUCUAACAAAUCUGAAAGAACUCUACCUUGAAUUCAACUAUUUAGUGCAAGAAAUUGCCUCGGGAGAAUUCUUAACAAAACUACCCAGUUUACAAAUACUUGAUCUAUCUUUCAACUUUAAAUAUAAAGAAUAUUUACAGUUUAUUACUAUUUCCCCAAACUUCUCUAUGCUUCAUUCUCUCAAGAAAUUGCACUUAAAAGGCUAUGUGUUCCGAGAACUUAAAAGGGAACAUUUCAAGCCCCUCCAGAGUCUUCCCAACUUAACAACCAUCGACUUGAGCAUUAACUUUAUUGAGAAAAUUGAUUUCAAAGUUUUCCAAGAUUUUCCCAAACUCCAAGUCAUUUACUUGUCAGAAAACCGUGUCUCACCCACAAUAAAUGAUUCCUCUUUGCCAUAUCAUAUCCUUAAACCUCGGUCAACAGUCCCCGAGUUUGAACCACAUUCUAAUUUUUAUCACAGCACCAAGCCUUUAAUAAAGCCACAGUGUACCGCUUAUGGCAAAGCCUUAGAUUUAAGUUUGAACAGUAUUUUCUUUAUUGGGAAAAAUCAAUUUGAAGGUUUUCAGGACAUUGCUUGCUUAAAUCUCUCCUUCAAUGCCAACAGUCAAGUAUUGAACGGCACAGAAUUUUCAGCCAUGUCCCACAUUAAAUAUUUGGACUUAACCAACAACAGACUAGACUUUGAUGAUGAUAAGGCUUUCAGUGACCUUCACAACCUAGAAGUGCUGGACCUGAGCCACAAUGCACACUAUUUUAGUAUAGCAGGAAUAACACACCGUCUAGGAUUUAUCCAGAACUUACUAAGCCUCAGGGUGUUAAACCUGAGUUACAACGGCAUUUACACUCUCACAGAGAAUGAGCUGAAAAGCACGUCCCUGAAAGAAUUGGUUUUCAGCAGAAACCGCCUUGACCGUUUGUGGAAUGCGGAAAAGAGCAAAUACUGCCGCAUUUUCACAAGCCUCCAAAAUCUGACACGCCUGGACUUAUCUUACAAUAACCUUCAACAAAUCCCAAACGAAGCAUUUCUCAACUUGCCCCAGAGCCUCCAAGAGUUACAUAUCAAUGGUAAUAAGUUAUUAUUCUUUAACUGGACAUCGCUUCAGCAUUUUCCUCAGCUUCAGUUGCUGGACUUACGGGGAAACAAGCUAUAUUUUCUAACCAAUUGCCUAUCGAAGUUUACACAAUCCCUGCAAACACUGCUGCUGAGCGACAAUAAGUUCUCCCACCUCCCUUCUGGCUUCCUCUCUGAAGCCAGCAGUCUGGUGCACCUGGAUCUAAGUUUCAACAUGAUAAAGAUGAUCAAUAAAUCCUCCCUGCAAACCAAGACUAAGACAAAUUUGUCUGUCCUGGAGCUAAGUGGGAACCAUUUUGACUGUACAUGUGACAUCAGUGAUUUUCGCAGCUGGAUAGAUGAAAAUCUGCAUAUCACAAUUCCUAGGUUGGUGGAUGUUUUUUGCUCCAGUCCUGGGGAUCAAAAGGGGAAGAGCAUCAUGAGUCUAGAGCUCAUGACUUGUGUGUCCGAUGCUACGGCAGCAGUCCUUUUUUCCCUAACAUUCCUUACUACCAUCACACUUAUGUUGGCUGCCCUGGUCCACCAUCUGUUUUACUGGGAUGUUUGGUUCAUCUAUCACAUGUGCUCAGCUAAGCUAAGAGGCUACAAGUCUUUGUCCACAUCCCAAGCUUUUUACGAUGCUUACAUUUCUUAUGACACCAAAGAUGUGUCUGUUACUGACUGGGUAAUCAAUGAGCUACGCUCCCAUCUUGAAGAGAGUGAAGAUAAAAAUGUCCUCCUUUGCUUAGAGGAGAGGGAUUGGGAUCCAGGAUUAGCCAUCAUUGAUAACCUCAUGCAGAGCAUAAACCAGAGCAAGAAAACAAUCUUUGUCUUAACCAAAAACUAUGCAAAGAGCUGGAACUUUAAAACAGCUUUCUACUUGGCCUUGCAGAGGCUAAUAGAUGAGAACAUGGAUGUGAUUAUCUUCAUCCUCCUGGAGCCUGUGUUACAGUACUCACAGUACCUGAAGCUGAGGCGGAGGAUCUGUAAGAGCUCCAUCCUCCAGUGGCCCAACAACCCCAAAGCAGAAACCUUGUUCUGGCAAAGGCUGAAAAACGUGGUCUUGACUGAAAACGAUUCACGGUAUAACAAGUUAUACAUUGAUUCCAUUAAGCAAUGCUAAUACUGGCAAGUCAUGACUCCACGCCGUCAUAAGUUCACAUAGGUGCUCUUUCUAAUGAACUGUGCUGAAUGAAAGGACUCAUGGCUGCUUGAGGUGCUGAGAAGAAGAGACAAUCAGGUAUGUAGCCCAAACAGGACACUUAUAUCAGCCCCUCUACGGCUCUGGUAACUUUGUGGAAGAGGAAGAGGGGGCAGAAGAAUGUAUGAGCUGGAAGACAAGGAGGACUGAAAAUAUGAUCUUUUGUGCAUGAUGGCCAUCGCAUGCUC